AUGAAACGUAACAGGAGGCAUACACUCACUAAAGAAGACUGUGUGGUUGCCUUCAAGCAAUACCUUUCCCCAGCAGAUUGUUCUUCUCUGAGAAAGUGGAUAUGCAAAAGAGAAGGAGAUGUCAACCUCUUUACAAUGCACCAGGGGAGAGCUUUGUACUCCCCUUACGUACCAACAUCAAAUAUAUAUAACACCUUAAAGAAAGCUACAGAUACCUGCUCAGUGCUCCAGACAUGCACUGGGAUAGUGGCAGUGGGGGAGCACUACAUUCUACAAAGUGGGAUGGAACUGUAUAACAGCAGGAAUAGUAGUGUGAAAUCCUUUAUCAAGUCAGAUUGCAUCUCUGGAAGAUUUGGGCUUCUGUGCGAAUUUAAGUGUCCACCAUGCCAGCAGGGUCUGGCCUGCAAUCCAUACACAGGGCUGUGUGGUGACAGUGUGUUUUGCAGUAAGGAGAACAGUCCUAUCCCCUGUGGAAAAGGGUCCAUAUUUGGUGGCACGUGCCCAGUUGAAGAUGGGUGGCAGUACUGGCAAGGCAGCUGUUACUAUAUUCACACAGCAAAGAGACAAACCUGGCUACGUGCAAGAGACCUAUGCAGGCGUUACAGAGACACAGAUCUUCUGUGGCUGACAAGUCCUGGGGAAAAGGAAUGGCUGGUAUCUAAACUUCCCAAAGCGUCAUUCUGGACUGGCCUUUAUGGGUUUAGAUUCUGUACAGUUUUGCAGUGGUCGAACAGUCAAUUCCCGUUUGCAGCCUCAAGAUGGUUGUCUGUAAGCAAGUGGGCCGUAGGUGUUAAGUGCUGUGUGCAGCUUAAUGCUCCCAAAGGCUCUUUGACAGCUGUCAGCUGCUUUCGGAAAGCCCUGUGGAUUUGCAAGAGAAAAGAAGAAGGCUUCCAGAUGACAUAUGUGGACUUUCUAUCUUCUUUUAAAAAAUUAAAUAAGAAAGAUGGUUUGAAAAAAAAGUCCUGA